CCGAGUCGGGGCCCAGUCCGGGAGCUGCGGACCGCGGCCUUUCCUUAGCGCCGCCCAACGCAGCACUCUGGCCUCUUCGUCGGACUCGGAGCCCGGUGGAGCGUCUCCGCCGCCGCCGCCCAGGAAGAAGCAGCGAGUGUCCGCCAGCGGGCCCGGGCCCCGCCGCCGCCGCACCGUCAUCGCCAUGCAGCAGGCGGCCUCCGGCUCGGCCUCGGCCCCGGCCCCGGCCCCCAGCACCAACGGGGCCCAGCCCGCCUCCCCGCCCGCCGCCAACGGCCAGCUGCCGCACCCCGCCCUCGGCCUGCAGCCCGACGGCCCGGCCGGGCCCGACUCCCACGGCACCGCCCCCGGACCCGCCGCCGUCGCCGGCCGCAAGAAGAAGCGGCUGUCCCGGGCGGACGAGGACGUGAUCCGGCUGAUCGGGCAGCACCUGCGGGGCCUCGGAUUCAACCAAACAGUGGAACAGCUGAUGCAGGAGACGGGGUGCAGUUUGGAGCAUCCGUCAGCCACCAAAUUCCGCAACCACGUGACGGAAGGAGACUGGGAAAAGGCUGAAGCAGACCUCACUGAGCUCAAGUCUCUGGUACAUUUGCCUCAGGCUAUUGUGCGCAUGAAGUUCCUGUUGCUGGAGCAGAAGUACCUGGAGUUCCUGGACGACGGCAAGGUGUUGGAGGCCCUGCAGGUACUGCGCUUCGAGCUGACGCCGCUGAAGUACAACACCGACCGGAUCCACGCUCUGAGCGGGUACCUGAUGUGCAGUGAUGCAGAUGACCUCCGCGCAAAGGCAGAAUGGGAGGGCAAGGGCAGCCUGUCGCGUACCAAGCUCCUGGAUAAGCUCCACACGUACCUCCCGCCCUCCGUGAUGCUGCCUCCCCGCCGCCUGCAGACCCUCCUCAGACAAGCCGUGGAGCUGCAGAGGGACCGCUGUCUCUACCACAACACCAAAGCAGACACCAACCUGGAUUCUGUCUCGCUGCUCAUGGACCACGCCUGCAGCAGGAGGCAGUUUCCCUGCUACACCCGCCAGAUCCUGACCGAGCACUGCAACGAAGUGUGGUUCUGCAAGUUCUCAAACGACAGCACAAAGCUGGCAACGGGAUCGAAGGACAACGCCGUCAUCAUCUGGCAAGUUGACCCAGAAACGCACCAGCUGAAAUUACUCAAGACUUUGGAAGGCCACACGUACGGGGUGUCAUACCUAGUCUGGAGUCCGGAUGACACUUACUUAAUCGCCUGCGGCCCCGACGAUUGUUCCGAACUCUGGCUGUGGCACGUGCAGACGGGCGAGCUGAGGACCAAGAUGAGCCAGUCGCAUGAGGACAGCUUGACAUGCGCGGCAUGGAACCCAGACGGGAAGCGGUUUGUCACCGGAGGGCAGAGAGGGCAGUUCUACCAGUGUGACCUGGAUGGCAACGUGCUAGAUUCGUGGGAGGGCGUGCGUGUCCAGUGCCUGUGGUGCCUCAACGACGGCAAGACCAUCCUGGCCUCCGACACCCACCAGCGGAUACGGGGCUACAACUUCGAGGAGCUGACUGACCGCAACAUUGUGCAAGAGGACCACCCCAUCAUGUCUUUCACAGUCUCCAGAAACGGCCGGUUAGCCUUGCUCAACGUCGCCACUCAGGGGGUUCAUCUCUGGGAUCUGCAGGACCGGGUUUUACUACAGAAAUACCAGGGCGUCACCCAAGGAUUUUAUACCAUUCACUCCUGUCUCGGAGGUACAAGCGAGGAUUUCAUUGCCAGCGGCAGUGAAGUUGACGGGGAGAGCGAGAGCCGUCGGGGACCAGAGGGAGUGCUGGAUAUUCAACGCGAAGGGCAUUUGGGAAGAGAAUCAAGUGGGAGCGAUGCCUCCGACUCUGCUGUGGGCACUGGAAGUCUCAGCCGCAGAUAUCCAUGGGCUCUCGGAGGUGCCAGUCCAGUUCAAAUCAGUUCAGCUGCCAGCCAGCCAGCGGGAUUCCAGAUAAAUGCCACUGGUACCACUCAUUGCGCUGCUGCCCUUAGCGACCUGCGUUUCCUCGAAGCUGCGCAGCAACUCGCUGGUGUUUGA